UAUUUUGAAGUCAAGCGUGCAAUGCUACGUCAGUUCAUAGAUCGACUUGACUUUGCCACAGAGGGAGGCAUUCGCCUUCUCUUCACCACUUUCGCUUACACCAUCCGAGUGAAGAAUAAUCUCUAUGACAUCAUCGCGGGUUCAAAGGAGUCGGCUCUAGGUUCCCUCCAAGAGAUUUCUUUCGAGGGUGGAGAAACUCGCCUUCGUUUGGCACUGCGGACUGUCAUGAACAACAUCUUCGCGCAUUCCCGGACCAACGCACGUCAGGUUCUUUACGUCAUGACAGACGGCCUGUUUGCUGAUAACGACUUCCCAGAGUCCAGCGCCUCCAAGCUCCAAAAGAGGGGCAUAGAGGUUUACGCAUUGCCGACCAACGAGUACUAUGAUGACGAUACUCUGGCAGCUCUCACAAGCUAUGCUGUCAAUCACGUUGUCUUUGUCAAAGAUGCAGACGACAUCCCAUUGCCUUAUUAACGUCAUCCACCUCUUAAAGUUCGAGGGUUUACAUGGUAUCUACAAACAGAUCUUAUGAUUUAUCCUCUAAACUUUUCCAUUAGCCAUACUGUCCCACUAGAAAUUGAUUACAGUGGAUUGUCUUAUGAAGUCCUUGAUCUACACAUUCAAAUUUCACUAUGUUGUAAUCAGCAUUUUAAAAAAAGUAAGUAGUGUAAUUACAUGUAUUUUGUGGAAGUGUCAUUUGGUGGUAAGAGGAUGUACGUCAACCACCUGUAUAAUUAUUUUGUAGAUAAAAUUUUAGGUUAUACAUACUUUUGAACUGGAUUCACAUCAAUGACAACAGUAAAGUGCAUCAUGCCACCAAAGGAAACCAAUGAUUUAUUAUUAUUAUCUAAAGCACUACAACAGUACAUUUAACUCCAUUUAUGUAAUAUGAAAUAAAAAGGUCAGUCAUUAAAGAGCAAUGAAGAGUUUGAAAUUUCAUUAGCAAUGUCAAAUAUGCUGAAUAAUUAAAGAUUGCAUUACGAUACGACGGCCCUGUUUUGAGUUCUAUGUCCAUUUCUUAUGUUACUCAUCAGGACCCCAUCUGACAAAAAGUUGUGAUUGAUCCAAUCAACCACAACUAUGGAUGGCAAGCAACGUCAAAAUAUCA